GUUUUCUUAAAUUAAAUCAGUCUUUCUUAAGUUCUUCGACCUAACAAUAGUCGAAUGCAUAGUGGAGUCCACUACUUUUUGGUAAUAUGUAAAAGUGAGACGAAAAAAUAAGUAAAACAAGAGCAAAUUUACAGUGAUACUUAACAAAAAAAAAAUGAAGUUUUUGUCAAAAAAUAAAUAAGAUUCGUAACAAAAUAUGUUCAUUUACUAUCAAUUAUAAUAUUUCAAAAGAAUUACUUUGAUCUUUGAACUUAAAUAAGUGAAAUAUUAUCAAGCUCUCUACCGAGACAAAUAAAAUCGCUGGAUUAUUUAGAAGGAAAAAAAGAGUACUACCUAAUUGUCGGUUAAUUGAGCUUCAUCAUCUGUAAAUGUGGAUUAGAUAAUCCGAAGUAAGCAACAACAAAUAUGGAUAAAAAUAAUCAACCACCUGGCCCUAAAGUUUCGCAAAUUGCCAACAUUUUUCAACGUAAAUCAUUUGAUGAUGAAAAGGAAUCGAAAGAGAACCCUGGUAGUGGUAAUGUAGUAAUGCGAACAGAAUCACAUGCAGCGCGAUUUAACAACGCUAGGGCAUUGUUCGAAAAGUUAGGUGAAGGUCGACUUAAUCGGCCAACGACAUUUAGUAUUAAGCAUUCCACUAGUAAAGAUGAUAACUUAAAAGACCCGAGUCCCGAACGACAACGAUCUCCAUCGCCAAAGAAAAAAUAUAUAGGAAUAAGUAACGGCGUGGGCAAAAAUGAUAUCGGAAUGAUUCAAAAUGUUUCUCGCAUAAAAUCUGAGAAGCCGGAACGCCCUGAAAAACCUGAAAGAAAGUUCAAUUCAAAGGAGCUUAUUGAGAAACAGAAGAAUUGGACGUCACAUUUCAGCAAGGCUCGUACAUCGCCAUCAUCAGUCGUCAAUAGAUGCGACAUUAUUCGAACUGUCCCUGGAACUGGUGUGAUUAAUAAUACAGACAUAAAUAAAGUUCAAGAUAAUAACACAAAAGAAAUUAGAUCAUCAAUGUCGGUUGAUUCACCACCAAGUCCAUCAGUGAGACAUUCGCAAUUACCACCAGAAAUUAAACCGAGAACAACUUCACGUUCAAAUUCAUUGACAAGUCCAACAAAAGCUUUUCCGAGCAUUCCUAUUAAAUCAAGUCCAGAACAUGUCCGUUCACAAAGACAACCUGAUGGCAAAUCAGAUGAGGUUCAUGAGAAACCAUUACGUAAAAAGUCACUUGACUUUAACAACGAUUCUCAGUCAACUCAUUUCAACAACAAUCAUCAUUCAUCAAUUCAUCCUGAAAUAUGUAGCACACGACGAUACAGCGGUGAAAAAGAAAGCAGCAGUUUGACAUCGCCAGCUCAUGAUGCAAAUUCAGCUGCAAGCUCUUCAGGACCAUCAAGUCCAGCUCAUACCGAAGAUGAGAAACAAGAGAAUGAAUCUAAUGAAAAGACUGAACAUUUUGAAGAUGCUAAUAGUGACGGCAAAAGUCGCUCACAGAACAGCGAGGGUGAAGAUGAUGACAAAGUCCAAAGAAGAUCAAAAAGAGUGUCGAGUUUAUGUAUGGAGUUGCCAGCAGCUGGUUCAGGACAUUGCUCACCAAGCGUGCACAGUUCGAUAACUGAUGAAGGUGGCUUCAAUGAACCAUCACCUGAAAUCAAAGCCUUGAAACCUGUCUAUGAUUUUGAGAACGACAUAAUGCCACCUGUUCCUCCCAUUCCACAAACAACACAUCCGGAUGUGAUUAAUGACGUGACUUACAUUGAUCUCGCUCAUCGUGCACAACCGGAAGGCAUUGAAAGUGAUGAAAUUUACGACGAAAAUGAAUCGUAUCGACGAAUAGAGAAUGGAAAUAGUAACAACAAUUGUAAUAGUAACGUUGAAGUGACGAAGGAAAAGAUUGUCUACGCAACAAUUAAACCUGAGCUUCCGGUGAAAGAAAGACUUUACGAAAAAGAAAAUAUUCUUGACGAUGAUGAUGAAAUAAUUGCACAAAACGAAACUGAUCGAGGAUAUAUAAGCCCUCAAGAAAUUUUCGACCCAACACGAUUUCAUGAUGAAGAUGAAAAUGAUUUGAAUUCCGUGUUGAAAAAAAAGUUACCACCAGAGCCGCCUGGUGAAAAAUCAGAAACUGAAACCGAGGAGGAGGAAGAAGAAGCGACACCACUUCCACCAAUCAAAAAAAUCCCACCUCCAGUUCCUGAAUUAAAUUCACCUCUCGAUCUUCAAGAUGUUGAAUUUGCCGAUGCAAGUGAUCAUGAAGCUAACGAAACUAACAGUAGACGAAUAAGCAAUGCAAGUGAACAAAUUGAUGCUAUGACUGCUGAUGAGGCUGAUCGAUUGUUGAGCUCUCGGCAACAGUCGUUAUUAUCAGAUGAACAGGCUCUUGAGGUAGAAGCGAUUCUGUCUAACAAUAAAGAGCUUCCACCAUUACCCAAAGAACCCCGUAAACAAUCAGAUGAUGAGCCAGAUUGGCUCAAUGAUGUACUUGGAGGUGGAAGAAAAUCUGAUUAUCCAAACAUGAACGGUGAUACUUCUAACAUUCAAGACUCUCUAGUCUCAGUGGAAUCGAAUCAAAGUGCCAACGAAAGCAUCAUUUCACUUAACACAACAACAUCUGAUAGUUUUAAUAUUGGAAAGUUAGAAGCAAAUCCCGACGGUUCCAUCAUCAGUUCAGUUAAUUCUCUGGGUGAUGGUGAAGUGUCUGGUGAUGAGUCAUUGCAAAUGGAAUAUCCACCAAUAGCAAGUAAAGAAGUAUUUGUUAAUCAGGAUGGAGUUCAUUUCUUCGAAGAUGGAAACUUUUGGAUGGAAGUUCCGGGCUUAUUAGAGAAUGAUCGUGAUGAUGAAGAGGAAGCUAACAUUCCUGUUAAAAAAUCUUUUAAGAUUAGAUAUAGUACAGAUCCAAUUCAAGUCUUUUCGACGUUCUCUGUCAAUGAUUAUGAUCGUAGGAAUGAGGAUGUUGAUCCUGUCGCUGCUUCUGCUGAGUAUGAAUUAGAAAAGCGAGUCGAAAAGAUGCAUGUGUUCCCAGUUGAAUUGUUGAAAGGACAAGAAGGUCUUGGAUUAAGUAUAAUUGGAAUGGGUGUUGGAGCUGACAGUGGAUUAGAAAAAUUAGGAAUUUUUGUGAAAACAAUCACAGACAACGGUGCAGCAUCACGAGAUGGAAGAAUUCAAGUUAACGAUCAAAUAAUAGAAGUUGAUGGUAAAAGUUUAGUGGGAGUAACACAAGCUUAUGCUGCUUCUGUGCUUAGGAAUACAUCUGGACUUGUUAAAUUUCAAAUCGGACGUGAAAGAGAUCCAGAAAAUUCUGAAGUUGCUCAACUUAUUCGUCAAAGUCUUCAAGCAGACAAAGAGAAAGAAGAAAGAAUAAGACGACAACAGGAAGAGUACUUGAGACGAACUUCUGAAGAUUCAACACUUCCUGUAUCUGCUAAUUCAAGUCUUUCUGAAGGUCCCAUGUCACCAACAACAGCAGCGAUUGAUUCUCUUUUUGAUGGCGAUCCAAAUCAUUCGAGCGACAUCGAAUCAUUAAAAAGAAUCCUACAAGAGCUCAUUAAGUAUCAAGCAGCAUGCAAUGAAACUGAAAGCAUUAAUGAAAAAUUGAAACAAACUGAACGAGAACUUGCUGAUAUUCGUAAGGAGGCUAAUAACUAUCAGAACAUGUUACAACAAUCACAAGCUCAAUAUUCGACAUUAGAACGAAAAUACAGUAAAGUCAAAAAGAUGUUGCGUGAUUUUCAACAACGUGAUCGAGAUAUGAUACAAUUUCAAGAAUAUUAUCUUCAACAUUUACAAGAGAAAGACACUGAGUACAAUGCUUUAGUGAAGAAGCUCAAAGAUCGUGUUAUUUCUCUAGAGCAAGAACUUCAGGAAACACAAAAGCGAGCUGGUCUACCAGUUUCAUUACCAUAUGAUAGCACAAAUCUUAAGUUGACUCCACAAAUGUCACGAAAACAGCCACCACAGCCACCUUUUCAUAAGAAAAUUGAAUCAGAAUAUUCCGAUUUGGAGAUUUCUGAUUUAUCGCCUGAUGGGGAAGGCGAAGAUGGAAAGACUGCUACAGUUGAAAGAAAAAUUCCUGUCAAAGAUGAGUUUGACACAGCGAUACCAAAGCAUGAAUUACUCGAUUCGUCAGCAAAUAAAAGCAAAAAAGAUUUGAUUUCACGUGGAGCUCUUGCCAAUCGUCAAUUACCGUCUUCUAAAAAAUUAGGAAGUAGUAACAGCAGCUCAAAUGGAACGCUUGAUGAAAGUGAAGAAGAGCAGAACAUUGAUGUUGCAAAUAAUAAUCCAACAUUUGCAAAUGGUGUUCAUUACUCAACACCAGCUGUCAAUAAACCUGUCAUAACAUCACCAUCGAUUCCACUUUAUGCUCAGGUACACAAAGAAAAAGAACGGAGUGAUGCAACAUCCCCAGUUCAGGCGUUUAAUCUUAAAACUCAUUCCACAAUACCGAAUAUCUUUCGUGACAAUAUUGGAGGUAAAAUCACCAGUACUAGUUAUGGAAGUGACUUGAAUGCAUCGUCAUAUGAAAGUGAUAGAAGUUCAUCAAACGAUAAACUUGAAGAUCAAUCACCUGACAGUUGGAUGUAUCCAAGUCGAAGACCGAAAGGACUUAAAGGCAUUACGCCGCCGUCGCUUGCCGAACAAUUAAAAGAAAGACUCGCUGAACGUGAAGGAAAACGACAUCAUGAAGACGGUUCAUCUAGAGACUCAAGUGACGAUUUUUCUGAUCUCAAUCAUCUCAAUCCAGCCAAUCCCGAAAAGAUCUCACAACAUUUGCUCAGUGAAAUCAAGAAAGCUGUUAAUGAAGCUCAACCUAAAGUUAAAAAUGUUGUUCCGCAAACACUUUCCCCGCCAGGUACAACGCCGUGGAAGCAACAAAAUCAAGGUCCACCCUCACCAUCUUCAGCUUCAAGUGACUCAUCACCUGCUUAUUCACCAAGUCGAACAUUAGAUUUGUCAGGUUCAUCUACGAGCUUUUCAAGUGAUCGUGUUAAAAUAUCAGCACACCAAUGGAAGAGCGGACCUGUUGAGCAGUGGAACAAUGAACAGGUAUGCCAUUGGCUGUUAGGUAUUAAUAUGGAACAUCACGUGCCAAAAUUUAUUGAACAUGGUGUCGAAGGAGGUGCACUUCUUCAACUCGAUUCACGUGACUUUAAAAUUCUUAAUGUCGUCGGUGACGACAAGAAACUUCUGAAAAAGAAUAUCAAAGAACUCAAGCGGUUGAACGAGAAAGAGCGCCGUCAAAAUGAAAAGGACUUAAAGGAACGUGAGAAGCUUAUCAAGAAAGCUGAGAAAAAGGCCGCAAAGGAUAAGAAAGUUAAAAAAUAAUUUUUCUCUCUUGUAUGAUUUGGAUAAGUUUUCAAUAACUAAACAAGACAUUAAUUUAUGCUUUACAUUCUAAGUGAUUGUAAUUGAUACGUCUCAGCAGUUGUAAAUGAGAAUAUUUUUACAAAGCCAAGAAAAAAAUCUUUCUUUAAUUUGCAUUCUUAGUUCGGUUUAUAGCGGUUGGUAACAUCCACUUUUUUCUUUGUUAUCUAAUUCAAAUAUGCUUGCAAAUUUAGUUUUAACAGUUUUGUAUGUACAAAACCAUGGCAUGAUAAAAUUUUAUAAUAACAAGCAAGAACGCACGGCAAUUAUUUAAUACACAAUUCAGAAGUGCAAUGUUCGUGUUUGAUACUUGAGUCAAGUUAAGACAAUUUUUCUAAUCGUCUUUUCUUACAUUCACUACUCACAACUUUAGAAGUAAAUAAAAACAAUCGCAUAACGAUGAAAUCAUAUAUUUAUAAGAUAACCAUACGUUAAUCCUUCAUGACUUGUGUCUAUAAGAACAAAUGGAAACAAAUCCAAAACUUAACAGUUUCACGUGUGAAAAGUUAAUAUUUUUUUUUUAAAUCAUACUAUCUAUCUAAAUAAAUAAACAAAUAACAAAACAAAUAUUUAAAUUAUUUAUUCGUAUUUGCUAAUAUUUAAACUUUAGAAUUUAAUAUGUAAGAGAACAUGAACUAUGUAGUUCAUUUCGUUUUCUAAGAAUAAUUGACCGUUACAUACAAAUGCGACAUGAUAUUUAAAAUGAGAGAAUAAGUAACCAUAAGUUGUAAGAAAAAUCCCAACAAAUCGUGAACGAAUUUUGAAGCUUUUCAAUCAGAAUUUAAAAAAUAAAGGAAUAAAUAAUCAAAAAUUAAUGUGUCAAAUGAGAUGAUUUUGAUUCGAUUUUAAAUAAUUUCACUCGUUUUGUAAAAAUCGUUAUCAUAGAAUUGCGUAAACAGAGAAUUUGGAGUUCCAUUUUACAGCACCACUUUUUGAUCUUUUUUAAGAACAAAAGUUUAAGGUUUUUCAUCACAACCACAUGUUUUUACAAAACACUUACUGAUAAAAGUAAUGAUUCAAUUCGAUAAGUAGGAAAUGAUUUUUUAAAUAAUUAACUCUAGUUGUUUGUGGAAAUGUAAAAUCGUAGUAAAAAAUAUGAAUUAAAAAUUAGUGUAAAAGUAAACAUUGAAAGAAAAAUGUGAAGAAUUUAAUGAAGACAAGGAAGAAAAACGAUACAUCAAAACUUAAAUAUCUAAAUAAAAUAAUUAAUAUUGUAUUAACAUUAGUGGAAUGAAAUCAUCCCAAAUUUGUUAUUAUUAUUAUUGAAUAAUUUCCAAGAGAACUUUUCAAUUUCACAAAGUAAUGCUUUUUUAAAUAUUACUGCGGAAAUUAAAGUGUAAGUUUCUUAUUCUAUUUUACUGCUUCAACAUUUCUUUUUCUUAAACUAUCGUUUCAUGGCCAAAGUUUAAUGAAUGAUUGUCAGUCUUGCAUCAUUUAUAUCGAAUUUAAAUAAAAAAGAUUCUAUUGAUGCCAGAAAAUUAUGUAGAAACAACUAUGUAGAUGGUUGAAGCUUUUCCAUAAUCAUCAUAACUCUAAUUAAAAGCAGAAAUUAUGUCAUUAAAAUAUCCUAAAAAGAUACAAACAAUAGCAUUUCACGAUUGUUUUCACAUAUCUACCUAGUUUUGUUUUUAAAUAACAAAGUUUUUCUAUACCAUUGCAUUUGAAGGUAUGUGUUUAGCACAGUCAAUUUUUAAACUUUUUUGAGUGUAGACUGAUAAAUUAAAUAAUCCACGAUUGCAAUGUCUUCAAUUAUUAUUGAAUUUUUUUUGUAAAUUCAGUUUAUUUAUAGUGGUUUAGGAUUUUAAUUACCUACAUUUCCACAAUCUUUUUGUUGUGUUGGGAUAAAAAUCCAGCUGCAUGGCUACAUUUACUAUAACAUUACAAACAUAAAUUGUUAUCUUAAAUAAAAAUUAGAUAUAAAAACAUUAAAUUAACAUUGUACUCUAUUCUAGGAUAUUUUAAUGAUAAACUUUUUUCAUAGCUACGGAAUGUAGAUUAAACAUAUGGAGGUUUUUAAUUCACAAAUUUGAAAAUGGAGAUUUCUAAAUUAAUUUUUUUCGAGCGGCACAAGCGGAGAUUCCUAUUUCAUUUUCAUCACCGGCUUGCU